AUAGAAACCAUCGAUCUCUCUCCCUUUCACUUUCUCUUUGAAACCCUAGUCUGUACACCAUCGAACUCAAAACAAUCAUCUCAUCCUCCCCUCUCUCAAAUUAGACUCACAAAACCACCCCAUCUCCCAAAUUGGAUUUGUAAAACCACUUUUACUCUGGCAUUUUUGAACAUGAAACCACUAUCCAAGCCUUUAGGUUACAGCCGUCGAUGCGAUCAAAUGAGUUAAAGACCUGUGCGUAAAGAGUGAAAAAUCGAGGAUGGGUUCUCAAUUUUUUUUGUUUCUUUCUUUGGAUUCUGAGGCUGAUCGGUGAAAACCCAUUUGGGAAAGGACUAGAUUUUGCACCUCAAUCAACUCUCGACCCUCCUCCCUAGUUCAUCUCACCCCCAACUCCAGUAAUUUGGCAUUCUCUCUUACCUACAUCAUUUCAUUUCUCAAAUUUUCAUCUUUUACUUUACAAUUUUUUUUAUUAAUUUCAUGUUUCUGUUUACCAUUAUUAAUGAAAAUUCACUUUUUGCUUCUCUUUUUUUCUUUUGUUGGCCAUUGGUAUUGUUCUGGGCUGCUAUUAUCGUGUUUGGUUUGUAAUUGCUAUUCCAGUGGUAUCCUGAUAUGUGAUUGGAAAAUGUGCUGUGGUUGCAAGAUUAGAUGCUUGUCUGGCAAUCGGAUUCCUCUAAAAAUUACUAGACUAUCUAUUUAGUGAGUAGAUUUGUUUUCCAGUAAGUGCUUGACCUAUUUAUUGGUCUUCCAACCUAUGCGGUAUUAGCAUAUUGUUUUGAUUGUUUUGUUAUUAAGUUAAUUUUGUGAGUUUUUCUAUAUUGGUGAAUGGAGGAAGUGCCAAUGUUUAUUUUAAAGGUUUGAGAACCCUUUCACUCUCUAUCAAUAAAAUUACUUUUGCUAAAAGAAAGUAUAUUGCUUUGCUUAAUUUUCUUCACUUGAAUUAAUUUUAUUUCCUAUUAUACACUCAUUCUUUUCGUCAUAAUUUUCUUUGCAAUUUAUACUUCUAUAUAAGAAUAUCUCUUUUUCAUAAGAAAUACUAACUGAGUAUUUUACUGCUUAGUUGGAGUUUGAUUCAGCACUCACUUUCACUUAAUUUCAGCUAUAAGGGACUCUGUUCUCAUUCUGUUUCAAGUGAUUUUUUUUGUAGAAACAUCAAGUCUUAGUAGUGAAUGCACUUUUAGGAGUAUAGCACAGGCCUAUGGUUUAUGGUCUAAUUAAGGUGAAGAGACUUCGAGAUGAGCAUAUAUAUAGCCAAGAUUUGGUAUUCCGGUUAAGGCAAAAUUUCAACUAGAGACCUUGUACUUUUUGAUAAUUUUAUAUGGUAAAUUAAACUAUUUUGUAUUUGAAGAUCCAUUUGUUGAUAGUAUUGUGGAAAAUUAUAAUUUAUGAUGUUAAUGUCAAAAUUAUUCUUUCUAGCUAUUUAAUUAAGACUCGCAACCCCCACCAACCUUUCACCCUAGUAAGCCCUAGCUUGUGCCUAAUGCCUCUUCACCGAAAAAUCAGGUGAGAUUUAGUUCUUCUUCUUCCUCUCAAGUUCGAUUUAUGGAUUUAUAGGCUUAUGACUCUAAAACUAUAAUCAAUCCACACCUUGUUGUUGUUGCCUUCUCCCCAAUUCUUAAUCCGUGUUGCGUAACUAGAGCGGUGUAGGAGGUCGUCAUUCUUAGCAUCCUCUGCCAGUGGGAGGUUUAUAAACGCUAGUCAUGACUUAUAAAGGAAACAUCUAUUUCAUUCCCAUACUCGUACCAAUUUUAUCUUGAUACUUGAUUACAUUGUUGGUAUGCUUUAACUUUAAAUAAGGAUUGCACAUCUUUUAUUUACUGAGAUAUCUCAUGAUUUUUCCUUGUCCACCAUUUCAGGUAGUGAGACUUGAGAUGGAGGGAACCGAGGGGAGUGAUGAG